AGACGUGGCUGCAUGCAAAUUCUGAGGGCAGCACAGCUGCUCAGCUCGUCACGGUGACACCCUGCAUGCAGCCCAGGGGACGGGAUGUCUCCGCAGAGCUGCGCCGUUGUCUGCCUCACCCUGAUGCUGGGAGAAACCUGGGCUUCCUCCUGGAAAUCCCACAGGACUCGGUCAAUGGCACCGUGGGGCAGUCCGUGCUCCUGCCCGUCUCCUACAGAUUCAACAGCACCCCUCGCUUCCCAGUGCCAAUUCAGUGGACGUUUGGUCACCCCUCACAAUUAGUCAUCUCCUGCACAUUGCUGAUCUGCUCCCUGGGUGCUGGGGGGGCUCUCGAGAGCUGCUCCACAAAAUGUUUCCCCUAUGCUGCACAUGCGGGCCGUGUUGAGCUCUUCCCCGAGAGCGCAUCCCUGCUGCUGCGGGACCUGCGGCUCAGUGACAGCGGGGUGUACAACGUCAGCUUUGCACAGCAACGACAAAGCAGGCACAUCACCCUGACCGUGCUCGAGCAGCCUGUCCCCACGGGCCCUUCCUGCCAAAGGAGAAACCUGGGCUUCCUCCUGGAAAUCCCACAGGACUCGGUCAAUGGCACCAUGGGGCAGUCCGUGCUCCUGCCCGUCUCCUACAGAUUCAACAGCACCCUUUGCUUCCCAGUGCCAAUUCAGUGGACGUUUGGUCACCCCUCACAAUUAAUCAUCUCCUGCACAGUACUGAACUGCUCCCUGGGUGCUGGGGGGGCUCUCGAGAGCUGCUCCACAAAAUGUUUCCCCCAUCCUGCACAUGCGGGCCGUGUUGAGCUCUUCCCCGAGAACGCAUCCCUGCUGCUGCGGGACCUGCGGCUCAGUGACAGUGGGGUGUACAACGUCAACUUUGCACAGCAACGACAAAGCAGGCACAUCACCCUGACCGUGCUCGAGCAGCCUGUCACCCUGGACCCUUCCAGCGAAGGCACCAGCGAUCAAGACCACACACAGAACUACAUGAUUGGAGCUUGCUCAUCAAUCUUCCUCCUCCUGCUGCUCCUGGUCUUCUGCAUUUGGCGCUGGGUGCAGCAGAAGAAGAUGAGAACCAUUAAACAACAGCAGCAGCCCCACGUGGACAACACUGCGGUGAGGGAAAUGACAACCAUUUAUUCCAGAGUCGGAGACAGCUUUGUGCAUCCAGAGCUGGAAGCAUCACCACAGGUCAUCUACUCAUCCAUAACCUCCCUCAAUUCCUGAGGGCAGGGCUGGGCACCACCAGCUCCUGCUUUGGCUGCGGGAGCUGCCCGGAGCAGAGCUCUGAACUUUGCAGGGGACAGCCCUGCCGCAAAUGUGGCUGGAGAUUUUGUCACUGACCAGAGAAAGGUGCCCAAGGUAAAGGCAAAUCAUCAGUGCAUCCGUGGGAAGCCUUAUUGCACUGACUCACCUUAAUCUGAGGGCUAACGGAGAGCACUGUAUUUCAGUCCUGUGCUCCAGGGUCGCUUAGCAAUUGUCUUGUGGUAUUAAAAGAAUGCAUGAAGAAGAUCUUUUGACCUGGAAAGCUGUCCAUAUUUUGAUGAUUAUGCCAAGUCUCUGUAGAGCAGACUCUUUCUGACGUGAAAUCUGCUUGGCCUUGGGAUCCCGGGGAAAUAGGUUCCUCUGCUGAUCUUUUGAGAAGUCCCCUUGGAGGGCAAGGAGAGGGGGCUUUCUGUACAAUGGAGUUCCUGGCAAAUGGUGACAUUCCUUUAAAACUGUCUGUACAGGUGGAAGAAAGCUGAGAUGCCUAGUUACCACUUUAAAAUUAAAGGCCUCAUCUCCCCUAGCAGCACCAGCUUUUUUAAAAAAUGCAGUAAGGGCAUAAAUUGAUUUUGUUUUGCUCUGGGCUCCAUGGAAAACAAGACAGUACAUACCGAAACAUGGGGCCCCAUCAGAAAUAAAUGGAUGCUAGGACAGGACAAGAGUGCUAGGCAUCUCCUGACCACAGCCAGGCCCAGAGAGAGCACGGAAACUGCUGCUGCUGCCUCCCUCUUUGCAUGCUCCUGUGUCGGCUGGGAUGAUGUUCAAGAGGGACAAUGAUGACAGUGGUGGUCCAAGCCCCCAGCACCAGCAGCCCCUCUCCUGGCUCCGGGUGAAGGACCUGGCUGCUCUGCUCUUGGAAAGCCCUGCUAACCUUCAUGACAGCAGAGGUGGUUUAUUAUUAUUAUUAUUAUUAUUAUUAUUUUUUUCCAGAAAACAGAAGCUUUUUGUGACUUAAUAAAACCGCAAAAGCUGAAAAGUUGCCUUAGGUAUGCGCGAAACUUUUGCAGUGGUUAGUGUGAGGCCUUAAGUAGCGGGAGAGAAGAAAGUACUAAAAAAGUGAAGCAGUAGCAAAUAAUUGCACAGGAAAUGCGGCUGUCAGUCCUCCGGCCAAAGCACGCGUGGUCACUGCCUUACUGGUAGUCCCCUCAGCAGACCUAAUUUUGUUCGGGACCCCUGCUGAAGGAUUUGGAAACACCAUCCCCGGAGAGCACGGCAGGACAAGGGGGGACUGCUGAGAUCUGCUCCUCCACAGCUGUG